AUGCAGUUUGACAAAAGCCUAAAAGGAAGAAUUGCAGAAAAACUCCGAGACUUGAAGGAUUUAGAUCCUGUUUUGGUCAUUAUUAUGUCUGUGGUUCUUCUUGGUUCUAUUUCGGCUCUGGCGGAUUUACAAUACGUCGCUGUCUACCUCAUGGGCCCUCCUUUCCUAUGGAGUCCAGAACGUGUUGGACUGUACUCGGGUAUAACAGAUGUUACAGCAGCUGUCAUCUCAGUUGUAUUCACCAUUGUGAUAAUUAAAUUGGACGAGAAGAAAAAAGCGCGUGCUAAAGCAACUGAAGCCGACAAUGUCACAAACGAGAAUGUACCAGAACCUCAAAGAACAGAAAAGCAUUACACCCGGCUAAUGAAUUUGCUUGUUGCAGUACUUGCUAUCUCACUGCUAAUGCUAAUAAUAAAUCGCACAGCUGUUGGUCUAGCUCACAGAUUCCAGUUACCGACAGCAGAUAUAAUAAUUUAUGUUGCUGCCGUCCCAAGAUUAAUGAAAAGUUUCUGCAUUCCCCUAGCUCGAACGAUGUUUUCAAUAUGCACUCCUCCAAGUAAACAAGGCAUGAUCCAGUCAGUUGGAGCAUUUGUUUCUCGAAUCGGUUUCCUGAUUAGCCUGACAGUACUUCCUGCUAUAUAUGCGGCAACUGUGUUAACAUUCCCGGCAGCUGUGUUUAUUGUUGUGGUGGUUUUGAUUACCAUAACGCUUAUUCUUGAUCUGUGCAUCCCAGUUGUGAUUAAAAGGGAGAAUGCCAAACUGGAAGCUGCUUCAUAG